AGCGUCCGCCGCCGGCCCGGCGCCCAAGAGGUUCAGGACAAUGGCCACGGACGCGGCGGCUCCUCCGGCCUCGGCGGGGUGCUCCGCGAUGAAGGCCGAGUUCGCCAGGCACACCGACUACCUCAACGCGCUCAAUGAUAAAAGGGAAAGGCUAGUGAAAGCAAGUCGGGAUGUGACAAUGAACAGCAAGAAGGUCAUCUUUCAAGUCCACAGGAUCAGCAGGAAUAAUAAGGAGGAAGUUCUUUCAAAAGCAGAAAAUGAUCUUGCUGCUGUGGUUAACCAACACAUUGGAAAGUUAGUAAAAGAAUUACAUGGAACCGACUUCUGGAAGCUCAGAAGAGCCUAUACCUUUGGUGUGCAAGAAUAUAUCGAAGCGGCAACGUUUUGUAGAUUUUGCAAGACUGGCACUUUAUUGAGUCUAGAUGAGAUCAAUGAUUCUUUGCUAGCGCUAAGUGAUAAAUCUGUUGAGCCCUUGCAGAUAAAUGUGCUUGACUAUAUUUUAGGGGUUGCUGAUUUGUCAGGGGAGCUAAUGAGGCUUGCAAUUGGCCGUAUAUCUGAUGGGGAAGUCGAAUACGCUAAAGAUAUAUGUUCAUUUGUACGUGACAUUUAUAGGGAGUUGACCCUUCUGGUGCCACUGAUGGAUGAUAAUAAUGAGAUGAAGAAGAAAAUGGAGGUUAUGCUUCAAAGUGUUGUGAAAAUUGAAAAUGCUUGCUUCGGUGUUCAUGUGAGAGGAUCGGAGUACAUUCCUAUGCUGGGGUCAUCUGCCGAACCAGAUUACGCGUUUUUUGGUGGCGCCGACUACGACUAGUGAAGCCAGACAAAUCACAAGCUUCUGAAAAAAAAUGACCUGACGGACAUGCUGCAGGAACUUGUUUCAAAAAAGACAAUAUGAACGAGACAUAACAUGUAUUCUUGUCUAGGCUUUGUGUGGUGUAGCAAGACUGGCCUUCUAGCACUAAAAUGAUCCAUACUUACAUGCAAUUGUUUCUAUCUUCUGGUUCUCUUUUC